AUGGCGCCACCGCUGUAUACGACGCAGACAGGGCGGCUCUGGCACGCCGGCCAAAUUCUGGUCGUGACGGUCGGUGUGCCGGGUCGUGGCAAAACGCACCUGGCGCACGCGAUUCAGCGGUACCUGCGGUGGAUGGGUGUCAAGUGCAGUGUGUACAAUCUCGCCAAUGUGCGCCGCAGCAUGCUGGGCCCGCUGGCUGAGUUGCCGGAGGACUACUUUUCCUACACGAAAGACAAUGCCGAGGUGGUCAAACUACGCGACCAAGCGAGGGAGAUGCACGAAAACGCGAUUGCCAAGUUUUUUGAGCAGGGUGGACAGGUGGCUGUGUAUGAUGCGAACAACAGCAACAAGGAGCGCCGCAACAUGAUUCGUGGCCGCUUCAGUGCCAUGGGCGUGCAGAUUAUGUUUAUCGAAUGUGUUUGCGAUGACGAAGAGAUGAUCGAGCGCAGCAUCCGCUCGAUGCACUCGUUUAACCCCGACUACGAGGGAUGGAAAUUGCGGGAUAUCAAGGCGAGUUUCCGGAAACGCAUCGAGCAGCACGAAAAAGUGUAUGAGCCGAUUACGAACAAUGCCCUGCCGCAUGUGCAGCUGCUCAACUUUGGUCAACGCAUUGUCGUGAACAACGUACAGGGCUACCUGCAGAACCGCAUCGUAUUUUUCCUCAUGAAUAUUCACAAUCAGGAGCGGACCAUCUACUUUGCACGGACAGGCGAGUCGCUCGUUGAGCACAUCUACAAGGCGGAUGCAGAGCUCUCUUCGCUGGGCUACCAGUACGCCAACCGCCUGUGCGACUUUAUUCGGACGCUGCGCUCCAAAGAUCGGCGGUCUAGGAUCGAUGACAGCACCACGCCGUCGCAACAGCACACGCUGUCGUUCAUUACGUCUUCCGGCAGCACCGAGCUCAAGAAUACCUUCGACGCGGGCGGCGAUGAGACGCGCGAGCUCCAAGUGUGGUGUUCGACGCGCAAGCGCUCGCAGAACACAGCCGACGUAUUCCGCCAGCACCACAUUCGCGUGCUUGAAAUGGCGCAGCUGUGUGAGCUCAAGCCUGGUGUCGUCGAUGGCAUGAGCGAGGAGGAAAUUCUAGCGCGCUUCCCUCACUACCGCGAAGAGCAGGCCAACGACCCGUACAGCUUCCGCUUUCCACGUGCUGAAAGCUACCACGACUUGGCCAUACGUCUCGAGCCGGUGAUUCUCGAGCUGGAGCGGGCUCGUAAGGACGUGCUCAUCAUCGGUCAGCCCUCCGUCUUGCGGUGCCUCAUUGCGUACCUACAGGGCAACAAGCCCCAAGAAAUUCCCUUUAUCCAGGUCCGAGAAGGCGACUUGGUCGAGAUUCGGCCGCAAGCCUUUGGCCUAGCCACGCGUCUCUUUUCGUUCUGGGACCCGGAAAAGGAGCGCAAAGAACGCGACAUUCGUUUCGCUGUGCGCGCCGCUAUGGUCGUGUCACAGAAAGAUGAGCAAGACAAAUAG